UCAGCGUUUGAUAGAUGUUGUGAUAUAUUUGUAUUUUGCUUGUGUAAAGUUUAGUGUGUGCAGUGCUGGUCCCGCUUUGGUUCAUCAGGCUGCUGCAUGUCUAUUUGGGUGGUAUGACCGCACUCCCCAACCUUGUAGGCUUGUUUAUGAGGUGGUCUGGUUGAUCCAUAACGCGGAUCAUGUUAUUUACAGUAGAGUGGACUGAAGGUUAUCAGAUGAUCUGUAUGUGAAGUAGCAGCUUACCCGGGUUGACCUGAGUUGAUUGAGGACUUGGUUAGACAGCCUACAGAAAGGGGGGAAGUUGGAAGUUGAUUGUUUCGGAAACAACUGCCGAAGUGUUUACGCACGACCAGCUGAAGUUGGACAAUCGAACUGACAGGUUUGCAAUGGAGAUGAAUGAUGAACAGGACCGGCCCUAUGGAUGCAGCACUCCUGGCUGCUCACAGCGGUUCCAAACAGAAGACCACCUGAUGAUCCACAGACACAAGCAUGAGAUGACCCUCAAGUUCUCCUCCAUCAAGACUGAUCCCCUCGCAGACCAGACCCCAACGCCGACCCGUUUCCUGCGUAACUGUGAGGAGGUGGAUCUCUUCAAUGAGAUCGAACAGGAGUUCUGCCAGGCACAGGAGGAGCAGAACAACAAACAGACUCAGAAUCUCCCUCAGAAUGGAUCAUCAUGUGCCAAUCAGCCCCAGGCACAGCCCCACUCCCAACACCAACCACCGCCCCAUGGUGGUAUGAGGGGUCUAAGCUGCAGCAUGGCUGGCCAACAAGCACUGCCCUCUGCCCAGUCCAACUCAGUCAUCACCCAGGCCCCCUCCAUGCUCACACACUCAGGACCAGUCCCUGGGCCCCUCUCCUCCCUACUGCACCUGAGGAACAACAGACAGAGACAGCCCCUGGCUGCCUCUAUGCCUGGCACUCUGCCAGACCCAGACAUGCAGGGAGCAUCUGCCCAGCACAUGUCUAUGGAAAGACAGAUGUCUAUGGGAUCCAGUAUGAUGAGCAUCCAAGGCCCCCUCCACAACACUUCCUGCUCUUCGCCUCAGAGGGCUAAAACUAUGGGUCACCCCCACCAACACCAUCACCAACACCAACACCCCGGAGCUGUCGCCAACAGCAACAUGGAUCCCACCAUAGGUCACAUGAUGGAGAUGAUGUCACCGCGGCAACGACACACUCACCUGCAGCAGCAGCAGCCUCAUCAGCACCUGCAGCAGGCUCUGCCCAUCUCCUACCAGCAGCACUGCCACGCCUCUCCACAUCACCUGGGAAGUGCCCACAGCCAGGGGCACCAAUCAGGGAAUGUGCUGCAUCAUCAGGUUCACCAAUCACCUCCCUCGCACCUGCAGGCCAGCCACACCCACCAAACCUCCCCUCACCUGCCCCUCCACUCCAUAGCUGUUCAGUCAUCCCAGCAGACACAUUCCCUGCAUGCAGGCCAGGCGGCUGGAGGACGUCGCAGGAGGUCUGUGGACCAGGACCCAGACGAGCGCAGGCAGAAGUUCCUGGAACGCAACAGAGCUGCGGCCACGCGAUGCAGACAGAAGAGGAAGGUCUGGGUGUCUGCUCUGGAGAAGAAGGCAGAGGAGCUGACGCACAACAACAUGCAGCUGCAGAAUGAGGUGACCACUCUGAGGUCAGAGGUUGGUCAGCUGAAGCAGAUCCUGCUGACCCAUAAAGACUGUCUGGUUACCGCCCGCCAGAGAGAAUCACAGGGGUAUCUCAGUCCAGGGAGUUCGACAGGAAGUCCGUCCCCCCUGUGUCCCGGGUUGCAGCGGCAGGCCAUCCAAUCCAACAGCAUCUCCACCUCCUCAGCCUCCUCAGAUUAAAAAUGAAAGCAUGGAUGGCUGAAUUUCAUUAGUUCACAAUAGUUGGAUCCAGGGUUGCCCAUGCACACACAGGGUUUAAUCCCUGGUUCCAAGGGGUUGAAUCAGUUCUAGAAUCAGCUCACCCUUCCCAUAAUCAUUGGUGGUUGUAUCUCAGUAGUCUGAAUUGCUCCCUCUCCUGCUCUCCUAGCCUCAAUAGACACAGGUAUGACAGAACUGGACUGACUGGCCUCUACAAGCCUUGAGUCUCUGCUACCGUUGCACAUUUACAGUGACUUUCCCGAAAUCCCGGUUGGACGAUUCCCGGAUUUCCUGCUUAUUGCCUCCUGAUUUCCGUAAAACCUGUGAAUUUUGGUCAAGUUACAGAAUUGUUGCAACCCUAGUCUAUGUCUCUCCAACACUGUGAUGAUAGUCACAUGUAAAUUGGAUCAUAUUGUGUCUUUGGGAAUCUCAGUCAAUCUAUGUGUCUCUGUUAGUGUGAAAUCAGAAAUCCAAGUACUGCUCUAGGACUGUUCCAACCUGGGCUGUGUGUGCAAACAUACCUGUUAUUAUGUCCUUUAGCUUAAAGUAGUGACUGAAUACAGUUUUGUUAAUGGUCCCACAUGGGAGUCAACCCCACAACCCUGGCAUUGCAAGCACCAUGCUGUACCAACUGAGCCACACAGGACUUCAUCGCAUCACCUUUUUCUCAGAAUGUGACAUGGUUAGGUCUUGGUUAGGCCUUGGUUAGGUUUUGGUUAGGACAUGGUUAGGUUUUGGUUAGGACAUGGUUAGGUCUUGGUUAGGUCUUGGUUAGGUUUUGGUUAGGUCUUGGUUAGGUUUUGGUUAGGCCUUGGUUAGGUUUUGGUUAGGACAUGGUUAGGUCUUGGUUAGGUUUUGGUUAGGACAUGGUUAGGUCUUGGUUAGGUCUUGGUUAGGUUUUGGUUAGGACAUGGUUAGGUCUUGGUUAGGUCGUGUAACUUACGCCACCACCAGAACCAGACCACGAAAGACUCUCGGGCUUAAAACUAGCCUGUAACUAUGGCCCAGAGUUGUGUGUAUGCUACAGUAUGUGUGUGUGGUUGCAUAUGCAACCCAGGUCUCUCUGAAAUGCAGAACGUGAAUGAAAACUAAUACAAAUGUACAUUUUAUGCAAAUCUAUAUCAAGACCUGUGAACAGUGUCCUUGUUUUGUAAUGAUGUAAUGCAGAGCCUCCUUGUAAUGAUGUAAUGCAGAGCCUCCUUGUAAUGAUGUAAUGCAGAGCCUCCUUGUAAUGAUGUAAUGCAGAGCCUCCUUGUAACUAUGUAAUGCAGAGCCUCCUUGUAAUGAUGUAAUGCAGAGCCUCCUUGUAAUGAUGUAAUGCAGAGCCUCCUUGUAAUGAUGUAAUGCAGAGCCUCCUUGUAAUGAUGUAAUGCAGAGCCUCCUUGUAACUAUGUAAUGCAGAGCCUCCUUGUAAUGAUGUAAUGCAGAGCCUCCUUGUAACGAUGUAAUGCAGAGCCUCCUUGUAACGAUGUAAUGCAGAGCCUCCUUGUAAUGAUGUAAUGCAGAGCCUCCUUGUAAUGAUGUAAUGCAGAGCCUCCGUGUAACUAUGUAAUGCAGAGUAUAAUGUUUGGUACCUGAUUGCAUGUCACCUGACCAGGAUAACCCCUGACCCUUUGUGUAACUCCUGAAAAGCACUUACUAGUUUCCUACAGGGUAUUUAUUAUGAUAACUAGGCUCACGCAGUGCAUCGCCCUAUAACCAGUCUCUAUGUAUCUUCCUGUAUUGUGAUUGUGUUUUGUUCAAUUUUUGUAUAUAUAUAUAUUUUUUUUUACAUAUAUUGACAAUUGCUGCAAACUGAAAAUAAAAGUACUUAUUCUCUGGUA